AUGCACUGUAUUAGAUCUCCCAUGUUCUCUAUUUUGGUGAAUGGGGAAAUUGUGGGUUUUUUUCCUGGUGGUAAGGGCCUUAGACAAGGGGACCCUGUACUCCUGAAGAGGAAGACUAGAGAGGGCACUGGAUUCAAUUACCAUAAGGGUUGUAAGGAAAUUAAUCUCAACCACCUCUGCUUUGCUGAUGACAUGUUUAUAUUUAGUAAAGGGGACAUUCAGUCCAUUCAGAUUGUUAAUGAUACUUUGAAGACUUUUGCUGAAGUCUCAGGCCUGAAUCCUAAUCAUCAGAAAAGUAUUAUUUUCUUCAAUGGGGUUUCUGCUACUCAGAAGAUAGAAAUUUUGAGAAUUAUUGGGUUUCAAGAAGGUUCAUUGCCAGUGAAGUAUUUGGGUCUUCCUCUCAUUUCUACAAGACUUUCCAAGGAGCAUUGCAGUGGUCUCAUUCAGAGAAUUACAGGUAGAGUGAAUAGCUGGUCUGCCAAGUGUCUUUCUUAUGCAGGGAGGUUGCAGCUCAUCAACUCUGUUCUUCUCAGUAUGCAAAUGUGGAAGGCAUUUGCAGAGAUUUCCUAUGGAAUAAAAAUAAUUCUAAUAGGAAGAAGGAGAUUUCCUAUGGAAUAA